UCUCUCUCUCUCUCUCUCACUCUCUCUCUCAAAUCAAGAUUCGUUCAACUAGUUCCUAGAUAACUAAGUGGGUCUUGUAUAUUCUUCCCGAAAAAGUUGUUUAUGUCGCUGGAAAUGUUGUUAAGAAAUAAGAUCUAGAUGAUUUUGAAGCUGAGGUACUCCAUAUCCCCACAUCCUUCCCCAAAUUGCAUCAAUCGAAGUACCAGUCAUACAAUGUUCUUCGAGAUGCGAGUUUCUUUAUGAUUCCUUCAAAAAUAGUGACGAACAUACUCUUUUUUAUACAAAAUGUUGUUAACAGAUCUGAAUAGAGAUAUCUUGUUAAUCGAAAUAUGUGUAGUGAUUUCCAGGGAACCGGUUUCAGGCUACAAGUUAAAGGAAAUCACUUGAAGUGGUAUAUUUGUAGGUAAUGAAGAGAAUGGUGUAGAUGAAACCGAUGCUGCCACUAACACCCCAUCUAAAACACCACACGACAGAACCCACAACCAAUCUCGUCUCCCGCCGGAAUGCAUAACGACCUCACCAUCGCUUGUUUAAUCCGCGUCUUUGGUAUCGUCUCCUCUCAUGCCCGGACUGCAAAAACCUCGAAAUCGAUGAAGAAUAGGUUUACGUUAUGGAAUGAGACAAAGAUUGGAGCCCUACUCUCACCUUAAUCAAAGUUGUUGGGGUUGAUUAUGGAUUUUAGGGUUUUUAGGAGGGAUGGUUGGAGAAGACGAAGAGGGUGAGAAAGAGAGAACGUAGGGUGGGGUGACUAGGGGAAUAAUACUUUUAUUUUUAUUUUUUAAUUAAUAAAUUAUUAAAAGAAAUAUAAAAUUAUUCAAAAAUAAAAAUAAAAAGGGCAAAACAGUCUUUUCAAGUUCUCCAAGGACCAAAAAUCUAGAAAAACCUUAAUUUUGGACCUUUCAUGCAAGUUGAAAACUUUUUGACCCUAUCCAAAGUUUUUUAAAUACCAUGGGACCAAAUUUGCAGUUUUGUCUAAGAAAAUUUUGAACAUGUACCCUUAGACACUUAUAUAUUGUUAUUGUGGUUAUACACAUAUAAUUACUGAUACUAUAAUAUUUGGGGGUGAAUUUUAAAUUCUCUGCCUGUAAAUUAUUUUGAGACAAUUUGUCAAAUGAACUACUAGUCAUAGUCUACUCUAGUACCAUAAGUGAUAAGUGAUAUUCGGAUACGGUGUCGUCUUGAUAUGUAGAGGAGGUCUUGAGGGAUAUAGAAGGCAUCAUCACUGCACUACUGCCUACCACUCUGAUACAGAGGUUUAUGAUGGUGGGGUUUUAGAGCGGUGGCGAACGGCGGUCCUCUCUCUUUUUUCUCACUUGGCCUAUUAUCAUCUUACACGCUCUACCGGUGCACAAAGUGUUGUUACAAAUGGAGACGCAGUCAUUAAGGCUUCGUUUGGUGUUCGAAGAUCGUUCGGUUCUUAGCGAAACACAGCGCUCCUAUGGUAUGAACCAGAGCUGGCUUCUAAUUGAGCCACAACAACAUCCGAAAAUCUCCGACGUCUGUAAUCAUCUUCUUCACAUUUUCAACCUUCGUCGCUCGUGCCCUAAUGGCAUCCUCCUCUAUAUGGAAGACUUUGUAUUGCCCCCAUCUGAGUCAACUCGAAUCUUGAAGGACAAGGAAAUAAUUUGUGUGAAAAGAAAAGAAAUGGCUUUGGCUGAAGCAAUAGAGGGGGCAAAUGCUGGUAAUUUACUUGACUAUCCAGAAGUCAACAGGAAGCAACCUGUAAAUAAUGGCAUGUUACUUCUAGCAAAUGAAGAGUUUGAUAAGGAAACUGGAGGAUACCAAAGUGAAUCUGAGGAUGCUGAAGAUGAAAAGUUGGAAGAUGAACCUUCACCUAUACAAACAGCUUCCAAGAAAAGAAAAGCCUCUAAAACAUCUAGGAGCUCAUCAAAGAAGAAGAAACACCGAUCAAUGAUGGAUGGAGUUGAAGAUGAAGUUGUGACAGAGGACAACAACAUUAAUAAUGACAAAUUUUGUCCCAUGAAAAUCAUUAAACCAAGCAAGGAGAAGGGGAGUGUUGAAACAAUCCUUGUAGAGGUUAAAUCUCCUCCCAAGGUGAAGAGGAAGAAGAAACACAGGGUGGCAAGUGGUGAUGAAGGUGAAGUUAGAGAUGAAAUUUGCAACAUUGAUGAUGAUAAAAUCAUUACCAAGAAGAAGAUUAAACCAAAUGAGGAACUAAAGAAGGAAGAUGAUGAAAUAAGUGACGAAAAGGUUAAAUCUUCUCGAAGGACAAAGAGGAGUGAAGAACAUCAAGAAGACAAUGUCCAAGGAAUUGAACAAGCCUCUACUUCACCCGAUGAGGCUAAAAAGGGCCCUAGUAGAAGUGCUAGAAGGAAAAAGGCUAAGAGACAAUGGAAGCGAGAACUUAAUAAAAUUUCACAAAAGCCUGAUACUGAUACCCAUCUAGAAGGGACAAAUGACCACCCGAAGGGGCAUGAAAAGAAUUUGAUAGAAGAAGAAAAAAGAAAAUGUAAUGGGAAUACAGAUGCUCAACUUGUUGCUUGUGUAGUCAAGCCAGGUCAUAUUCGCUUUGAACCUCUUGAUGAAGAUGAAGAUGGAAGAGAGAUUGAAGUAGCAGAUGUAGCUUUUGAAUGGAAUGGAAUCACGAGCAAGAAAAAGGGUCAAAAAUGGGGAUUAGAAAAGUAUUCAGCUUCUAGAAAGAUCGAGUCCCAAACAUCAAGCAAAGAAGAAUCCUCUCCAAUUUUGAAUGUAGACACAGUGGUUGACCUCAAUGACUUUGAGAAUCUCCCUCUAUGCACCUCACCUAAGGAAGGUGAUGUGAUUGCAUACAGACUUGUGGAAUUAUCAUCUUCUUGGACUCCUGAGCUCUCUUCCUACAGAGUUGGAAAAGUAUCACAUUUUGAUUCCAAUAACAUAGUUCUGAAUCCGGUGGCAGAGUAUCCUAUUCUUUUUGAUAAGAUGGAUGAAGAGGGCCCAGAUAAUUACUCUCUUUAUAAAGAAGAUGGAAGUUUAGAAAUCGAUUUUACAGGUCUUGUUGAUGUGCGUAGUGUGAAGCAAAUGCAAAGUAAUGGAGUUGGUCAAAGUCAAACUGUAACUCAGGGUGAUGGAGUAAAUUUGAUCUCUAAGGACCCAAGUCCAGUUUGUGAAGUAAAAAGAAAGAAAGAAGGGAAUAAUGAUAAGACAUGGAGUGAGGUGAUGGAGGCAUUAAACAAAAAGAAAUCAGAAUUAGUAAUGGAAGCAAAUGAAGAGAUGAAGAAGAAGAAGGAUUCUGAAUGGAAUCGAUGGUCAUAUAGAGCCUUAAGAGGAAGUGCACUUGGUCCAACAAUGGCUUUAUUAAGAUCAAACAAUAACAUAUAAAAAUCAUCCCAACCUUUUUUUUUUCUUCUUUAAAUACUGUUUUUUUUUUGUGAUACAAGGAAAUUGGACUUAAAUUGGUGUGUAUGUUUUCAGGAUU